AUGGCGUCCCAGGGCCAGGCCCACUCGGGCCCCAAGUACGUGGGCCUCUGGGACUUUAAGGCCCGGACAGAUGAGGAGCUGAGCUUCCGGGCGGGAGACCUGCUCCAUGUGGCCAGGAAGGAGGACCAGUGGUGGUGGGUCACUCUGUUGGACGACUUGGGCCAGGCCCUGGCAGAGGGCUAUGUGCCCCACAACUACCUGGCUGAGAAGGAGACGGUGGAGUCUGAGCCUUGGUUCUUUGGCCACAUCUCCCGCUCUGAAGCAACACACCGGCUGCAAGCACAGGGCAGUUCACCUGGCACCUUCCUCGUCAGGGUCAGCAAGAAGUCGGGUGCAGACUAUGUUCUGUCUGUGCGUGACACUCAGGCCGUGCGGCACUACAGGAUCUGGCGGCAUGAGAGUGGCCGGCUGUACCUAAAUGAGGCAGUGUCCUUCUCCAGCCUGGUGGAGCUCGUGGACUACCACAGGGCCCAGAGCCUGUCCCACAGCCUGCGGCUGACCAUGCCCUGCUGGAAGGUGUGUGGCUUCCCUGCCCCAGACGACCUCCUCCACCAGCACACCUUCCAGUCGGAGAUCCAGGCCAUGCAGAAGCUGCGGCACAAGCACAUCCUGGCACUGUACGCUGUGGCCUCUGAGGGGGACCCCGUGUAUAUCAUCACAGAGCUCAUGCCCAAGGGCAGCCUGCUGCAGCUGCUGCGGGACUCUGAGAAGCAAGACCUGCCUGUUUCUGAACUGGUGGACAUUGCAUCACAGGUGGCUGAGGGCAUGUGCUACCUGGAAUCACAGAAUUAUAUCCACAGAGACCUGGCUGCCAGAAACAUCCUCGUGGGGGAGAACAAUAUGUGCAAAGUGGGAGACUUUGGGCUGGCCAGGCUCAUCAAGGAGGACAUCUACCUUUCCCAUGAUCACAAGAUCCCUUACAAGUGGACGGCCCCUGAGGCUCUCUCCCGAGGACAUUACUCCAUCAAAUCUGAUGUUUGGUCUUUUGGAGUUCUCCUCCAUGAGAUUUUUAGCAGGGGUCAGACACCCUAUCCAGGCAUGUCUAACCACGAGGCCUUCCUGAAGGUGGAUGCUGGCUACCGCAUGCCUUGCCCCCUGGAGUGCCCGGACAAUGUGUACGGGCUGAUGUGUUCCUGCUGGAGCAGGGACCCAGAGCAGAGGCCUUGCUUCAAAGCCCUGUGUGAGAAACUCUCCGGCUUUGCUAGAUACGAGACUCUGCUCUAAGAUGCCUCGGAGGGGUGUGACCAGGGCCCACGCAGGAGUGCCCGAGGCUGCUGUCCUGGGCCUUGAUCUAGUGUGUGCGCUGUCCUCGGGCUUAUGAGAUGACGGGGCAGGAGCCGGGUGGCACUUCUUGGGAAACAGAAAACAGGGGAAGCAGGGCCCACGGCCCCACCUUCCCACCUACUGAAGCAGGUUCAGCCCAGCCCUGGUUGGCCUCCUCCCAACAGGAAUCAGGUUGGGGGGGAUGGUCACAGGGACAUCAAGAAGAACCUGAGCCAGAGGACUUGCUCAGUUCUUGCCAGCUGGCUGCCUUCAGAGCCGGCCUCCUGUGCCCCUGCUCCUCUGAGGGCGGUACUGCUCCUUUGGGUCUUCAUUCUGAAGGUUCCUGACACAUAAAUCUCACACUGAAGGAAUCUGACUGCUUUGCUUUUGUUAACUUGUCCCUGUUGGAAAGGUCCCAGCUGUUGUGACACUUGCAACAGUAAGGAAAAGAUACUAACUUUUCUUUCUACACUUUCUGAGGCCCAAAGGGGUGGCUGAAAUGCCCCUGCCCUGGAGCCUGCAGAGCACACAGUGAAGAGCUGAUGUGGGCCAGGGAAAGGUGGGUUCUCUCCGACCUCUGCCUGUGGUGCCCAGUUGACGGAGGA